GCUUUUAUCUGCAGACCGGUCGGCCGGGCGGGCUCCCGGUCCCUGCCGUCUCCCCUGACGCGAGCGCUGUGCAGGGCAGCGAGGAAGGCGGCGGCUCCUAGGCGAGUUCUGCCUACGCGUCCCCGCCAGCCCGGAGCCCGCGGGGGGCGCAGAAGGUCCGUCCCGACCCGGCGAGAGGAUGGUCAUCCGCGUGUUCCUCGCCUCCUCCUCGGGCUUCGUGGCGAUAAAGAAGAAACAGCAGGAUGUGGUUAGAUUUCUGGAAGCCAACAAGAUAGAGUUUGAGGAGGUGGACAUCACAAUGUCAGAAGAGCAGAGACAAUGGAUGUAUAAGAACAUCCCCCCGGAGAAGAAGCCUGCUCAGGGCAACCCUCUGCCACCUCAGAUAUUUAAUGAUGACCAAUACUGUGGAGAUUAUGACAGUUUUUUUGAAUCCAAGGAGAGCAACACAGUCUUUUCAUUCUUAGGCCUGAAAUCACAGUUGGCGUCAAAGGCAGAACCUUAGCGAAGACAAGUGGAAGAGAUGGAGAUGCAUUUCAGAGUCCCCUCUGGUACUUGGCGCACACCUGCUUACCUAAUGCAUCACUGUGACAGAAGCCACAUGCGUUAUCAGUAACUUUGCUUGCCAUGGAAAAGGUGUUUGGGGAAGACUUGGGUCUAAUGGGAUUGCAUGAUUGCUUUAAACCAAAUCAGGACUGUGGUGGGUUUUUUCCUUAUUUUCAGAGUUACCUGCAGUUGCCUCAGUUUACCCAGAGGGACUGUCACCUGUUCGAGGUGUGCUUCCUGAAUCUGAGUGAUAAGCGGGUGGCACCAUCAGAGAGAAAAUACUGGGUCUGCCCUGGUUUGUAGUUGAUGCCAGGAUUGCUCAAACCUGCUUCUCUUCUAACUACCUAGGUGAUAUCCUUGAAAUUAGUCUGCCAGGCUUUUAGAAUAUUUUGAUCAGAAAGAAAAAUAGCAAUGUUGGUUGACAAAGGGCUGGAGGUCUUGGCUGCAGAAUCACAAAUAUUCCAGUGCUUUGUCAUAACUGUAGAAAAAGUUAGAUGCUCUAGCCUCCUUUUGGUGAUGGAAAUUCUUACCCCUAUAAAUCCUCCAAGCUCUUCCUGAUGUGUCCAGAAAUCGUAGUUGAUUACCGUAUAUGAUCAGAACAGAGUUAUAGGGAUGAAAAGAAUUGCUAUUUUGAAAAAUACAUGCUUCUUUAUCUCUUUCAAGGGGCAAGUCUCACUUAAUGCAUAAGAUUGCAUAAAAGGUAUAUUUCAAGAGGUGCACUAAUUAGAUAGUAAAUUUAUAGGGGACAUUAUCUGACUCAUAUCUGAAAGCAUUUCAGCUCUAGCAACUUAGUAUGCAUAAGUGCACAUAUAUUUUUGAAUGCAGCUCCCCUAACUAGUAGCUGCUUAUAUAUUUUGUGAAAGGAUUAUAUUUUUUGAGAAAGGAAGAUCUUGGUUAGAUGUAUUUUGGGAACCCUUGAUGAGGCAUAUUAAAAAAAUAACUAAUAUUGCUAUACAUUUUAAUUUUUUUUUCCUGUGUUACUUUUCACUGGUCCUCUCACUCUGCCAACUCGUAUUUCUGACCAGUGCGCAGUCCCAGGUUUUCAGAGAAACGUAGGUACAUGUUCUUAUUCCAUGUAUGAGCACCAGUGAUUUUUCAGAACAGAGUGUGUACAAGAAAGAGGCUGUCAGAGAUUCACUCUGGAUAGUACACAGCAUGUGAAGUCUCUGCUUCCUUUGAAGUGGAUGCAGAUAAAUACUGAACCUGUCUACUUCAUUAAGGCAGAGGCUCCUUUUACUGCAUCCUUGUCCCUGCUCACACUUCUUAAGAGUUUUUAGUUGCCAAAUCCAGGAAUAGUCUUGCAUAGGAUAAGCUCUCAGAGGACUGUGUAAGAUAUUCUGCUAUUCUCAACAUCCUGAUGGUGGACCUGCCCUUUAGAUUCUGAGCAGGACGUUUGUAAGAAAGGAAAAGAACAAAAGAAUUGCCUUCUAUCACCUGUGUUCUCUCUCCCUCCAACUUGCCAAAUGUGGACUCUUCUUAAGAACCUGUUGAAUGCUAAAGCUGACAUCCCCAGCCUGAGGUUUGUAGUCCAGGACUACAACCAGAAGGAAAGCAUUCCACUGAUUCCUACUUGACUGGAACAGACACAUAAUCCACAGUUUUCUCUCCAAGGAAAGCUUCUGUGAAAUCAUGAGUAUGACUGCUUAUUUGGCAUUAAAUACAAUCCAGGUCACAUUCCACUUGAUAAAUCCCAGGGACUAUCCAGGAAAUUGUUUUUGAACUGGGUAUUGUGUUAAAGUCUGAUAAGACUUAGUAUUUCUUUUUAAGAUACAGCAGUUUAAAACAUUAAUGUUACCGUGAUCUAACUUACAUUUUGUCUGCUCUUGCCAGUGAGUACCAAGAAGCAACUUGGUAAGAGUGAGUCUUUGGGAGUUAAAUUCUGGGGUCAUAGGAUCAAUACAAUACUUGCCAGACCAAGAAAGCUACUCAGACUUGUUUGUCUCAAAACCUUUGAAUUACUCUGAUUGUAGUAGAUUCUCCUAAGCAGACUAGAUGAAUAGGAGAGCUAAAUUAUUACGACAGUUACACACCAUCUACCCUCACCUGUACUUUUUUUUUUGAUCAGCAGAGAAAUAGGAGAGACCAGCUUGAGCUGGUAUUGUGCUUGUUACGAGUGAGCUUAGAAGCACAUUGUGUGGUAUUUCCCGUGGUAUCCAGGCUCUGUGGAGUCCAGAUGGUAUUGCUAUCUGGGCUUACCUGAGCCACACUGUGUUCAGAUAAUAUCAUGCCCUUACUUGUGGUGUUUUACCAGCUAAAGUCCAAACACAUAAUGAUUUUCUUCAUCCCUUCUUUAACUAGCUGCCUUUAGAGCUGUAUAAUCACCUAGGAAAGAAGUGGAUGGGAAUUGUAGAUAUAGAUAUUAUAUCAGGAGCAUUUCAAGACAGAAUUUUUCUUUCCUGUAGCAGGCUUGUUGGAGCAAAGGAAAUGUGCUGCUAAAAAUCAGAUUAUGCCUUUUUAAAAUUAGACAAAAUACAGAGUGCCAUCCUGCUUGGUAUAUGCAGACCAGAAGAAAAUUUAUUUGGGGAAGUACUUGUUUUUCCAGAUUCUGGUGUUCUGUUAAAAUCAAAGAGGAGAAAAGGAAGAUUUUUUUUUUCUCUCAGGCUCUAAUAUAUUUUAGAUUUGUUUCUGUUUUAUAGAUUUAUCCAACACUCCCACGUAGAUGUUUUUAUAUUACAUGAAUUUAAUAAUGAACUAAACUUAUUUGUUCUCUGUUGUUAAAGGGUACCAAAGCCUCUUGCUGUUUUGUUUUGUUUGUUUUUUUAAUUUGAUUCUGCUAUAUAGGGUUUUGCUUUUUCUACAGAUGCUUUUCAUUUAAUAUCUUUUCUAAAGUCUCAAGACCCACUUUGAUCUGCAAAAUUAUUGUUUUUAGAUUUCAAUUUGUAUGCAUUUGUCUCUAAAGGCAUUGGUUAAAUCUCAGAUUUUAUAUUCAGCAUUAAAGAGGAAUAAAUUCCAGAAAACACACA